AUGAAAGCUAGAGAGUAUUGCUGUUGUGCAAUCCCCUUGGUCAAUGCUGGCAUAUACACCACGCUGGUCGAACAGUUCUCUCUUGGAAUUGUCAUAGGCACCCUUUCCGUUGCAACGCCUUCCAUUGUUGGAGCAGCAACUCCUUCAUUCGCCUCGUGGCUUCUUGCGAUAGUAUGUUACGUUGGCGCUGCAAUUCAGGUUCUUGGAUUCAUAGGUGUAGCUCAGGAUAAACCUACACUUUUCCGCCGCUAUGUCACUAUGCACCUCGGCAUCACCAUUGGUGCCUUCGCAAUUGCCGCGGCGUGGACCAUCGUCUCAGCCACUCGUCACUCGACUGCUCUGUCAAACUGCGAGAAGACUUUCUAUCCUACAACCUCCGAUAGUAGCAUUGCUUCUGAGGGUCAGACUCUUUGCGACAUCAUCACAUGGCUUGAUAUCGGACUGAUGGCCGGGGCUUGGGUGUUCUUCGCUCUUGUGCAGGGAUAUCUAUUCAGCGUUGUUUCGUCUUACGGGUCCACCCAAAGGCACGAUCACGAGAAGUACGACGCUCUCAAUGAUACCACGCAGCCGCUGACAGAUAACAUUCCGAUGGCUGAUCGUGGUGAUCCUUGGGACUACAGAGCAUCUGCCGAGUACGACGACGGCCGCGGUCACAUGCGAAAGGAAAGUACGGCAUCAAAUCAGAAGGAAAGCUACGCCUAUGGUUCAUCUUAUCCUGCGCCAACCUAUCCCCCUCAACCUCAGUCACAAUUUGAGCGGCAGCAGUCGACGCGAACUACCGUAUCGCACCCUUCGAGCACCACUCAGAGCCUGCCCACUUCACGUGCCCACGGCUCAGGUGGUUCUAUCGGGCAACCUGCACCCACUCAGGCUCGCCCCGGUGGGUAUUGA